AUGCUCCCGCGCUCCAGGUCUUCCUUUUCCGGCUCUCAAUGGGGCCCAUGGCAGGAUCUUGCCCUGCCUGGUCAUAGCCUUCCCACUUGCGCCCCACUGGUGCAGCGAAGUCCCAACUCCAUGGACAGACAAGAGAGGAGGAGACGGCGACAAAGCAAGAGGCCCUGUCAACUGAAUCGCCUCUACACGGACAUCGAACUCGAGCCCGAAGUCGUGACGAUCUCCCCGGACAGGGAGGCUCCAGCUGCUGCCACCACUGAGACAUCUGUCGCAGUGGAAAGCUCACGCCAUCCGAGCAGUGUAUACGGGUUGCCAACUCAACCAGCUGGUGGAGAGUAUUGGGUAGAGCCCUUUGGGCCGCCGAGUGCCGAAGCACAACUCACACCCAAUGAGGUUCAGCGACUCAAAUUCAUCCGGUGGAAAACGCGACACCCUCCUCCCACGACGGUGUAUCUGCGCCCAUACUUACGGGAGUCUGCUGGCCCCUCCUCCUCUCAUGAGACUUCAUUCGCCGGACUUGGAUGUGCAGCCAUUAUGACAAAAGCAACCGGACAGCCUUUGGAUGCCAAUCCAUGCCCCGCUUCUAUGAAGCCCAGCAACGCGCAUGAAGAGACCACGACCCGACCUCGUCGCAGAGCCAAGCAGGCCAGCAGGCCGGCCAAGAAGCAGCAUCAAGGAGUUGAGCUCUGCACAGAUGGAGAGAGUGAAUCCUCCCCAUCCACUCUCUCUUCCUUUUCAGAUGAACUCGGAGAGUUCCCAAGCGAAAUGACGGUUGGCAGCUUAGUUCUUCGGUCAGUGAGACCACUGCCGCCGCCAACGACACUUGCUGCCUCGUCUAUGGCAACGGGGAUGGCACCGGUUGAUGCCACCUUUACUGCUUCAACCCCAGCCACCGAGGCCUCCGGGGCAUCUGGCUCCAAGACCGAGGACCCACUUGGUCGCACGCCUCUACCUCGACGACGGCCGGCACAAGUGGCUAACGAGGAGAUUGCGGAGGGCAUCACCCCGGCUGGGAUUCCCUACCAACUGCCGAAACCAGUGCCUAAGAAGAGACCGGCCGCGGCAGGCCUGUCUUCCCAUGGGCCUUCUGCACCACCAUCGCCUCCGCAGACUUCAGUCUCCAAGGCGCCCUCUACACUGAACUCCGACUGUGCCGACCCACAGGAAGUCAUCACCACCACGGCUCCAGAGACUCAGCCUCCUGUCCAGGACACCGUGGUCACCACGGUACCGCUGCCUACAACUUCUACUUCGGAUGAAAGGAGGCAGACUCACCCUCCGGAGACGGUGAAGCGGACCAAGAAGACCACCACGAGUAAAGGCGAUGCAACCACCCGUGGACCGACACAGCCACCGAAGAAGAAGCGGGGACCUAAAUCCAAAAUCGGUCCCAAGCCGCGCCCUGCACAGACAGCCGACGUGUACGACCCUGACUACAAGCCUGACCCGGCAAGUCGCCCAAAGCGACGAAGCAAGUGGCUGAACAUCGGCCUAGAUGAGACUCCUGUUGAGACCCCGAAGCGAGGCACAGCCACAGGGGAUUCGAUUUCGGCCAGUGCUGGGUCCAUGCAGACCCAGACGUCGGCCUCAUCUGUUGGCUCGUACUUCGUGUCCCGUGGCCUCGGUGCGAUGGAUGCGUAUGCGGAACUGAUGCACUUUCUUGCGGAACAACACCCCACUGUCCGACCUCACGUGAUUUUCUUGCAAGAAACGCAUUGGAAAACACCUUCCGAUUACUCUACUGACCAGUGGCACGUCGUAUCCACACCGGCCGAACCUGCGGCAUCCGGUGGUGUUGCCAUAUUGAUCUCUGUCGAUCUCUGCGAUGCAAAUUCCAUCCUCACGGCCUCACCCAUCUCAGGUCGGCUACUCCACGCCCGCGUCCAGCUAGGCUCUGCAUGCCAGCUUGAUCUGAUCAACCUUUAUCAGAAAGUUUGGGCCACAAGCUUGACCAGAGGCAAAGAUCCGCAGACCAACGACUCGCGUCAACUUCGACGUACUGUUUGGCGAUCCUGGCGCCAGCUCCUUGGAAGCCUCCCACGGCGGAGCCUUUGGAUUGUAGCUGGGGAUUUUAAUACCAACCUACAACCCAAUGCACGACUGGUUGGUGCUAGAGCUGCUCCCUUCAUGAAGAGACCACAGCCAGACUCUAAAGAAAUGAUGGAUGUCGUGCAAGACCUCAGGCUGUUACACCUCAAUUCGUGGACCAGGCGAGCUAGGGCGACGUAUCGGUCAACUCAGGGAAACACCCUCAUUGAUCAUGUAUUUUUGCGGCAAGACCAGAGUGACACUGAAGCUCGACAGGCUGGUCCCGUGGACUGGCCCCUCGCGCGUUGGCGAGGUGGCGGCAGGCAUUGGCCAGUUCUCUUCAGCGUCCCGGUCCCUACAAGACAUUACACUACAAGGCGAACUCAGCCCCAGUCUUCUAUCGAUAAAGCGGAGCUCCUCAGGGUCUGUCGCUCAGAUGUGGACCCAAGGGCACAGGCCUUUCGACAGGAUGUACGGAACUGGCUUGCUGCUAAUCCCUGUCGCACCAUCUCUGAAGUCAAUCAGUACCUGCAUGAUGUGUCCACUCGACUCUUCCCCUCUACAAAGCCAACCGCCAAGACAGGUGCCUGGCAGCACCCCACCGUCUCUUUAUCUGUUCGACAAAUGUGGGCCGCCUACAAGGAUUGGAAGCACCCCCCACCAGGCCGGCAACGACUCUUUUCUGCCUGGCGAGCCUAUAGUCAGUUCAAGCGAGCACACCGCGAAUUCAGGCGAGCCACGCGGGCUGCCAAGACGGCACAGAUGCAGGCACUUACACAGAGUAUGCAAGAGGCCACAGACAAAGGAGACGUUAGGGCACUCUUCCGUCUUGCCGCCAGUCUCUCUCCGCAGAAACGGCGCCCGCGCCUUCAACUGCGAGGGCCCCAGGGCGAGCUUUGGACGCCCCAGCAACAACUGGAUUGCUUGAGACAACACUAUGAGGCCCUGUAUGCCUCUCCGGACACCACUGACACCACGAUCUCCUCUACUGGUCCGCCUCUACCUACGACAUCUCCCACCAUUUCCUUCCCCGACUUUACUGUCACCGAUGUUCUUGAAGGCUUGCUGAAGCUACCGCCGCAUAAGGCUGCGCCUCCAGGCAAGGCGACAAGCAGUUCCUGGGUCUUAUGUGCUCGAGAGCUCGCACCAUGGCUACAUCACAAAAUUUCACAUCUUGACCAGGUGCCAUCCGACUGGCGCGAUGCUUGGAUGAGCUUGCUACCGAAGGUGACACAUCCCAUGAAACCCAAGGACCUGCGCCCACUCGGCAUCACUGAAAUUUCUGGACGUGUUGCUGCCGGCCUGGUCCAAAAAGAGCUGCGACCUUACUUGGUCGAACUCCUGGCAGCGGAACCGCAGUUCGCAUAUGCACCAGGAAGAUCCACAGACGCUGCUUUGUCACGCGUCUUUGCACAUUGUGAGAAGGUCAUUGAAAUGUGCACCCCUGCACCCUACAACAUUCUUGACUCUCGCUUCGCGCCUGCAGCCAAGCCCUUGGCAUCAGGAGGAGGCCUACAACUGAGCUUGGACCUAUCGAACGCUUUUGAUGUGUUACCUGGGCCUUGA